GUCCCUUAGAUUGCAGAUAAGGCAUCAAAACCUCUUAUAGAUAGACAGAAGAGGAAGAGGGAGAGUUUAGAAAGAGAGAAAAAAUGGCUUCUUUGUCAAUAGGAAGUUGGGUGUGUUCAGGAAUAGGAAACCACAGACCAUCCGCUUCGCUUUCUCUACGUACUGGUUCUUCAACAACGACUACUUCUGUUUCUUUGAAAAUGGCUGCUAAUGCCUCUACUCAUUUUUCUGGGUUGCUUCACUGCUCUUUUCUUCCUUCCUCUGCACUCUCUACCUUAUCUUCUUCAACAUCCUUUUCUGGUUCAUCAUUUGUCUUUGGCUUUGGCUUCAAUUCCAACAUUGGAGUGAGCACCACUAAAAGGCGUGGCCUGGUGGUGCAGGCAAAGAAGUAUGCUCUUUGUCAGACUAAGAGGAAUAGGUCGAGGAAGUCGUUGGCUCGAACACAUGGUUUUCGCAAGCGUAUGAGCACCACCAGUGGCAGAGCAACUAUCCAGCGGAGACGUGCAAAAGGCCGAUGGGAUCUCUGCCCAAAGUCUUCACCUAGAACUGGAAAACGAGCUUAAUGUUUAUUGUUUUCUUGUAACUGAUUUUUGUGGUAAUAUGUUACUAUCUUUUUCAGAAUUUUGGGCUGCUGUAAUUUUCAUCUGUUUUAUUUAAAGAACUAGUUUACUGGUUUCCAUAUUUUUGUAUUGUCCACUCUUU